AAAAAAAAUAAAGAAAAUUUUAGAGAAAAAUGCAAGAAUCUGGCUGAUUAUUAAUUAAUUCGAAAGAUCCAUAUGGCAUUAUCAAGAAUAUAUUUGGAAAGGAGCAUUAGAACUUGGUAUAGUAAGUUUACAGGGAUAACACAACAUGGUGGAUGUUUUAUGAUCUUUAACAAUGAAGAAAAAGAACUUUUAGAAUUAUUCUAUGAUGCAGAUGAUUUCUGCGAAAAAAAAGAAGAAUAUAUGGAAAUACUAAAUAAUUAUAAAACAAAUAAUAGUAAUAUAUAUAAUUGCAAUGGUGAUGCGAAUUGUAUAUAUAAUGUGUGGAUUAAAGGCAGGGAGGAUCAUUUUAAUAAUAAGAAGAGUCUCUUACGUUCCAAAUGCGAAAACAAAAUAUCUUUAUCCCAAUAUCCAACAAACAAUUGUGACAUAAUGAAUUCUCAAACAUUUAAAACAAUUAGUAAAUUCAUAUAUUCUGAUAUGAAUAUACCUGAAGAAAAAGUUAAAGUUCCAGAAAAAUCACAAAGAGAUAAUAAAGAUCCAGAAAACUCUAUACCUCAAAAUGAAACUUUAUCACCAGUGGAAAAUUCUCCAAGUGUGCAACAUUCACCUACAGAGAUAUCCCCUCAACAAGGAGCAUCUGAACAUUCAGUUAACCAAGAUAAAACGAAAGAAAAUGUAGUAGAAGCAUCUUCAGAAUUUGAAUCAUCAGAGCAAACUACAGAUUCUAAUUCUCUCCAUACACAAAAGAAGACUCUAUAUUACCAUCGUCAAUUCCUAAAGAUUAAUCCUGAAAUUAUUUCUCCAUCUACUGAUUCAUUAAGUCUAGCUCCUUCUACGCAUCCUACAUCUGCAGAUAAAGUGGUAAAGAAACCUAACAAUUGCAUAUCAUCUAUUUUAAUAAGUAUUCUUACUAUCGUUUUAUUUUCUUUUUUUAUUAAAAUAAAAAGAAAACAAAUAAAAUUCCUGAAAUUGCUAGUACCUUCAUUUUCUAACAAAGUAAAAGAUAAGCAUUUAGGAUACUCAAUAGAUGAAGAUGAAGAAAUCAUAAUAAAUGAACUUACAAAUAAUGUAAACGUGUCAAAGCGAAAAAAAACCAUAAUAGAAGUACAUAUGGAAGUACUAGAAAAAUGUAUAAAUGAAGAUUGGGAAAAAAACAAAGAAGAAUUCUUAGAAAUAUGUAUAGAUGCGUUAGUACAAAAGGAUUAUAGAACCUGUGCUAAUUUAACGGAUGAUCAUCUAAUAACAGAAAAUAUUGAAAAUACCAACGAUAUAAAAAACCUCAAUAUUCUAUGGAAUAAAUGGAUAGCUUCUGAAAUAUUGAAAAAAGAGCAUUGGUUUCAUAAUUUGAAGAAUGAAUGGAAGCAAGAACUAGCUUAUAUACAUGAAAUGGAAUCUGGAGAAAAACCCAAAGUUCCAUUUUUUGAAAUAGAAAAAAAUCUAUGGAAACAGUGGAUAUCAAAAAAUGUAUAUUUGGAACAGGAUUGGUUUAAAGGAUUGGCAGAGCAGUUGCAGAAUAUGUCAGAAGAAUGUGAAAACGAAGAUAAUAAAAAUUAUUUAUCACCACUAAAUAUAGAAGAAUUUCAGCAAAAAGGAAAUUAUGAAGAAUUAUAUAAAUAUAUAAAAAAAAAAUUAUUAACAAAUUUGUGUGUUCUCGCGCUUAUGACGGUAUUAGAAGAAUGUAAAAAAGAGGUGUACUUUGAAAAUAGGGAAUCAUUUUUGGAUAUAUCCAUAAAUGAAUGGUCAGGUAACAAACAAGAAAUUACAGAAAAUACAAUUGAAUAUGUCAACAGUGAUAAAAAUAAGGAAUUCCAUACUCAUAUAGGGAAGGACAGUUUCAGAAAUGAGAUAGAAGAUUGGAUAGGAGAAGAUGACUUAUAUGCAAGUUCUACAGAUAUAGCAGAAAAACACAUUUCAUAA